AUGGCAACUGGCAACGAAAAAUAUGCUACUGGAAAAACCUUACCACCAAUGAGAUUAAGAUCUAAAUUCAGAUUUGACUGUUCGUCUGAGGACGAGGAUUUCUCGGAAGACAGCUGUUCGUCUGAGGACGAGGAUUCCUCGGAAGACAACUAUUCGUCUGAGGACGAGGAUUCCUCGGAAGACAACUAUUCGUCUGUGGACGAGGAUUCCUCGAAAGACAGCUGUUCGUCUGAGGACGAGGAUUUCUCGGAAGACAGCUGUUCGUCUGAGGACGAGGAUUCCUCGGAAGACAACUAUUCGUCUGAGGACGAGGAUUCCUCGGAAGACAGCUGUUCGUCUGAGGACGAGGAUUCCUCGGAAGACAGCUGUUUGUCUGAGGACGAAGAUUCCUCGGAAGACAGCUGUUCGUCUGAGGACGAGGAUUUCUCGGAAGACAGCUGUUUGUCUGAGGACGAAGAUUCCUCGGAAGACAGCUGUUCGUCUGAGGACGAGGAUUCCUCGGGAGACAGCUGUUUGUCUGAGGACGAAGAUUCCUCGGAAGACAGCUGUUUGUCUGAGGACGAAGAUUCCUCGGAAGACAGCUGUUUGUCUGAGGACGAAGAUUCCUCGGAAGACAGCUGUUCGUCUGAGGACGAGGAUUCCUCGGAAGACAGCUGUUUGUCUGAGGACGAAGAUUCCUCGGAAGACAGCUGUUCGUCUGAGGACGAGGAUUCCUCGGUAGACAGCUGUUCGUCUGAGGACGCGGAUUCCUCGGAAGACAGCUGUUCGUCUGAGGACGAGGAUUCCUUGGAAGACAACUAUUCGUCUGUGGACGAGGAUUUCUCGGAAGGUAGUUGCUCACCCUCGGGCAAGGGCUCCUCGAAAUACAGUUCCUCACCUUCGGGCAAGGGAUCCUUGAAAUGUAUUUGCUCGUCUUAUUGUUACGCAAGGAAUUCUGUUCCAAAGUUGGCACAGAGUUCGUCAUAUUCCAGUUGCUCAUCUUCGGACAAGGUUCUUCUGUGGAGAGGCUCUUUUCUGGGCAAGGAUUCGCCAUGUACAUAG